UAGCUUCACUCAUUGUUGUCUGAAUUCCUUCUGGGUGUCUCUCUUUUCAUUUGGGGAAAGGCUAUUUCUCUAUUAUCAUCUCACCUAUCUCUCUAGAAAACGAAUUCAAAGCCUAAAAUGUCUUCUCCAAGCAAACGCCGGGAGAUGGAUUUGAUGAAACUGAUGAUGAGUGAUCACAAGGUGGAGGUGAUCAAUGAUGGCACGCAAGAGUUUUAUGUGGAAUUCAAUGGACCAAAAGACAGUCCUUAUCAAGGAGGGGUGUGGAGGAUAAGAGUAGAACUGCCAGAUGCAUAUCCUUAUAAAUCUCCAUCAAUUGGCUUUGUCAACAAGAUCUAUCACCCAAACGUUGAUGAAAUUUCAGGUUCAGUUUGUUUAGAUGUUAUCAACCAAACUUGGAGCCCCAUGUUUGAUCUGGUAAACGUAUUUGAAGUUUUCCUUCCUCAGCUUCUUUUGUAUCCUAAUCCAUCUGAUCCAUUGAAUGGAGAAGCUGCUGCUCUCAUGAUGCGUGAUCGCGCCGCAUAUGAACAAAGAGUGAAAGAAUACUCUGAGAAAUAUGCAAAACCAGAGGAUGCUGGGGCCAAACAGGAAGAAAAAUCAAGUGAUGAGGAGCUGAGUGAUGAUGAAUAUGGCUCCGAGGAUGAGCAAGUUGCUGGCAAAGCUGAUCCUUAGUUGCUUGUAUGCUUGCAAUCCAGUUGUCUGUACAUGAUAUUUGAUAUUCAGAUCGUGGAAAAUGAGACCCUUAAAAAACUGAAGGCUUUUGGAAAAAUUCCUGGCCCUUCUGUCUUUUAUUUUCCAUGGAUGUUCUGUAAAUUAUUCAACUCAUGAUGAAUGCCUUCAAUAUUCAUUUA